CUCAUUUCAAAUAAUCGCUCAUGCAUCGCAUAAUCGAUCUUGUCCUUGCUCCGUCGAUUUCCACGUGCUACAAGCAGAAGGCGAACCUAACCUAACCUAACCUGAGUUAGUCGCUCAGUGCUCACGUUGAGCAAUUUUUGUGAAACGUGCUCACCCAUUGAUACAUUCCAGACGACAUGGCGAGGACUGCGAAGGGUUUGAACGCGAAAAUCGGCCCGUCGAUCUUGAACGCCGACCUGGCGGAGCUUUACGAGGAGUCGCAACAGUUGCUCAACAACGGCGCCGAUUACCUGCACUUGGAUGUGAUGGAUGGUCACUUUGUGCCCAAUCUCACGUUCGGCCACCCGAUCGUCAAGUGUCUUCGCAAUAAAAUAAAAGAAGCCUUCUUUGAGACGCACAUGAUGGUGUCCAAACCCGAGCAGUGGAUUGAACCCAUGGCCGAUGCUGGUGUAGACCAGUAUACAUUCCACGUGGAGCCUGUAGAGGAUGUUCCUCUAGUUUGUAGGAAAGUGAGAGAAGCUGGAAUGAAGGUUGGCGUAGCGCUCAAGCCAGGAACACCUGUAGAUGUGGUGACGGACUAUGCGGACUUAGCAGACAUGAUCUUAGUAAUGACUGUGGAACCUGGUUUUGGUGGGCAGAAGUUUAUGGAAUCAAUGUUAAAAAAAGUGGCGUGGUUAAGAGAGAACUAUCCUGAACUGGACAUCGAAGUCGACGGCGGAGUUGGACCAGCUACAAUUGAAGCUUGCGCAAAGGCUGGUGCUAAUAUGAUCGUGUCUGGCACAGCUAUUAUAGGUUCUGCUGAUCAAGCUAAAGUAAUAACGACUCUUAGAGACACAGUAAAUUGUUAUUUGGAGCACAGUCAUUCAACAUAGUGAUAACAACGAGAAUACCAUAAAAUGUACAAACUAUUUUUGGGAUAAACUUGGAGUUUUUUAUAUAUAUAUAUGCAAAAAUAUAUAAAUAUAUUAAGAUCUGUAUUUUUUAUACAGUGAUGUGAUAAAAUUCAACAUUACUUGAGAGGA